UACUGCUCUACCAUUAACACUGAAGGUAAAGGUGGCGCUGUUUCCGUCAGGCACUCAUUUACACAACUCAAAUUUAGAUGAUGAAUUCUUCAAAGAGUAAUGAUGCCACGGACAGCAGCUGUCAGGGAGGUAAUUUGGACACUACUGAAGAAGUGAAAGAUGAGCUAUGUCCUGGUUUCAAAGACGCGGACACCUUCGUUAAAUAUGGUUUGGGUGCAGUGUUAUCGGCCACCAAAGCUUCAGCUGGCUUACCUCAGUCUGGAGAUGAGUAUGAUUUCUAUCGGAGCUUCCCGGGAUUCCAGGAGUUCUGUGAAAGUCAAGGAGAUAAGCUUUUGCACUGCAUGAGCCAGAUAAUGCAGAACCAUGGCUGCAGAUCUCACAUAAAAGACCGGGACAAACUCACAGGAAUAGAGGAGAGGUUUGACUUGGUUGUGGACUCGAAUGAUGUUAUCCUUGAAAGAGCGGGCAUUCUUCUUGAUGAAGCUGAUGGGGUUAAUCGGAGCCAGAAGCCUGUCAUGCCUGUUGGGUUUCAGCCUCCGAAAAUUGUUGUUUCUAGUUGGAAUCGUAAGGGUUCCAGCUCUGGCAGUCGUUCUGAGACAUUCCGACUGCUCCAUGCCAAGAACAUUGCAAGGCCUCAGCUGAAAUUCAAGGAAAAGGUCGACAACAGCAACACACCUUUUGUUCCAAAGAUCUUCAUCAAGCCCAAUUCAUUAAAGGCUCUUCCCUCCUAUUUUACCAACAAACAAAUUCGUAAAGAGAGGCCGGAGGACCUUGACGUCCCAGCUGCCCUGGCUGACUUUAUCCACCAGCAGAGGACGCAGGAACAUGUUGAAGACAUGUUUGCACACCCGUACCAGUAUGAACUGGACCAUCUCAUAGUACCAGAAAGCUUGCUGUCCAAGCCAGAGCCUCAAAUGUACAAACCGUUGGCUGAGACAAACCUAACCUUCGUCGACUCGCUGGAGGAUCUAGUGACUCUCAAUGAGAAGCUGUGCAAGUCGUCUGAAUUUGCUGUGGAUCUUGAGCAUCAUUCCUACAGGAGUUUCCUCGGCCUCACCUGUCUGAUGCAGGUCUCCACCAGAGAGGAGGACUUCAUCAUUGAUACUUUGGAGCUCCGCAGUGAAUUGUACAUUCUGAACGAGGCGUUUACCGACCCGAGUAUCGUCAAAGUGUUCCACGGCGCUGAUUCAGACAUCGAGUGGCUCCAGAGGGACUUUGGUUUGUACGUCGUCAACCUGUUUGACACACAUCAGGCGAGUCGAGCUCUCAACCUGGCCCGACACUCCCUCGACCACCUGCUGAAACACUUCUGCGACGUGGACUCGGACAAACGUUACCAGCUGGCCGACUGGAGGAUCCGCCCCUUGCCAGAGGAGAUGAUUCAGUACGCUCGGUCAGACACCCACUACCUCCUUUACAUCUACGACUGUGUGAGAGCGCAGCUUUUAGACAGCAACCACGGGCAGCCGGGACUGUUGCAGUGUGUGUGGAACAAGAGCCGAGACAUUUCAUUAAAGAAAUAUUUGAAGCCCAUCUACACCGAGGAGUCUUAUUUAGAGCUGCAGAGGAAGCAGAAAAAGUCCUUUAACACUCAGCAGCUCACUGCCUUCAGACUCCUGUUUGCCUGGAGGGACAAGCUGGCCAGGCAGGAAGAUGAAAGCACCGGAUACGUUUUGCCCACCCACAUGAUGAUCAAAAUAUCAGAGGAAUUACCCAAAGAGCCUCAGGGCAUCAUCGCCUGCUGUAUCCCCGUGCCACCGCUGGUGAGGCAGCAGGUCAACGAGCUGCAUUCAUUGGUGCAACAAGCCAGAGAAAUGCCCCUGCUGAAGGCUGAGAUUGCAGCUCAGAAGAAGAAAGGACUCACGCCCGUUAGGAAGCCAGAGGUCUCUUUGUUUGGUCCACAUGAUGUGUCCAAGGUUUCUGAGGGUGAAGUGCCACAAGUUACAGCUGACGAAUCAUCUGUUAAAAAGGGGGUCCUGUUCUCAGAGGAUGUUGAUGAGGAAACAAUCCGUCUGUCGGCACCACCUAAAAUAACGCUGUUCCAGGAACCAGAAGCUCCUGAUGACCAAAGAUCCAUGUCUGUCGCUCAGAUGAAAGCGAGACGCAUCAUUGAGUCUUUUGAAAACCCUUUCAGAAUGUAUUUGCCUUCAGCUGAUGUCCACGUCAACAAGAACGCCAAGUUUGACCCAUCCUCAAAAAUAUUUGAGAUUAGCAAGAGAUGGAAACUUCAGAGUGUUGAGCAGCAGCAGAAAGAGCUGGAGGCCAAGAAGAAAAUCAGAGAGGAAGCAAAACAACAAGCAAAGAAAGCAUCAGAGCAGCGAGCUAAAGCUAAACGGAGCUACCAGGAGUCCCUCCAGAAGGUCCCAACUGUGCGGCAGCAAGCAGCAGAAUCUGUAAAGGAUGGAGAACAGAAAAGAGUGAGAGUUGCUCGAGAGUCUGGAGAGGAAACUCCCAAUCCAAGUAAGAAGCAGAUGAAAUCAGCAGAGAAGCCCCAGAAGAAGGAAGCACCUUCCCAAGAGAGCUUCAAGCCCUUUGACUACAGCCAGUCGGACCUUAAAGUUUUUGAUGGUGCCAAAGCAAAGGACAACACGCAGUUUGAUCCAAACCGACAGCCCAGAGACUUUAAGAAAAAGAAAAUUCAUCAGGGACAAAAGAAAAACUCUGGAGCUGGAAACAAAAGUGUAUCAUACCUGGCUGGAAAAUCAGAAAGAGGAUUUCGCCAUAACUGGCCCAAGAGAUAAAUCCUGUAAUGCUACUUUUUUUUUCUUUUUAAUAAUCCACUUUUUUUAACCAUCUUGCAGGGGAAUUCCAGUAUUUCAGGGUUUAAUGCGAGUAAGUGUAUUUUUUCCACCUGUUGUACUUCCCUGUAAAUAUGUGAAAGCAUAAACUCGUAUUAAAGUCGUUUGGAAAAAAUUUUUGGAUUUCUUUAGUUUCCAUUCACAAUAUAGUUUUAAUAUUUCAGCUCGUCUCCGUAAGUAUUUUCUGAUCUGAUGUGUCAGGUGAAUCUGUAGCAUGUGUUGUGGAUUGUCAGACUGAACAAUGUUGGAUAAGAGUUGGAAAGAAAUUCUGUCAAAGCAAAAGGAGGAGUGAGGGCCCCAAGGAGGUCGUUGUAAUGCUAAAUUAUUCCUGCUGUUUCUUAUAAUCUUUCAACUAUCCUGGUGAGCCAUCCUAUGCAUGUAAAUGGCCUGUAUGUGAAUAUACAUGCUGAACAAAAUCAUUUUGCUUCGGCUACUGUUUAGAUUUCUAGGCUAAGUUUUAACAGUUUAUUGUGAAUACCAUCAUUAUUUGUUAGAAUGCUGUCUGAGAUUGUUUCAAAUGGGUGUUUCAAUUUGUAGAAAAAUUAUAUAGAGUAUAAAGAAUACUAAAUGUUAAUAAAAUAAGUUAAAAAGGUAGUUUUUUUUAGGAAACAAGUGGCAAGUAAACAAUUUGAGAGAAAAGGAGAAUGAAAUGGUUAUUCAAGACAAAAUUUGAGCAGUAACACUUAUAGAAGUAAUGUUUGUAUGUUUCAAUCACUUUGCAGAAGCACUUCCUGUUUUCUUUCCAAAUAAAACUGGCAUUUUGGCAGCAUUGGGAACUUGCA